CUGGUGGGUUCUGGGGGAGACUGUGCAGGGAGGCUGGAGGUUUUUCACAGCGGCUCAUGGGGGACAGUGUGUGAUGACUCCUGGGAUAUUAAAGAUGCUCAUGUGGUGUGCAGACAGCUGCAGUGUGGAGUGGCCCUCAGUAACCAGCAGGUACCAGCCUGGUUUGGUCCUGGUUCUGGACACAUAUGGCUGGAUGAGGUGGAGUGUGAGGGGAAUGAGACGUCCCUGUGGAGCUGCUCUUCUCCAGGCUGGGGAAAACAUGACUGUCAACACAAGAAGGAUGUUGGAGUCAUUUGCUCAGAGUUUAAAGAGAUCAGGUUAACUGAGGGCUGUGAAGGGAAUCUGGAGGUUUUCUACAAUGGAUCCUGGGGUAAUGUGUGUUACAACCAGAUGAACAGAAAUACAGCGAGUCUGAUCUGUCAAGAUCUGAACUGUGGAAGAUCUGGCAGUGAACCCAGUUAUUCAGAGGGACAGAAGCCUCAUAAUUGGCUUGAUAAUCUUAAGUGUCGACGACAUGACUCCACUUUAUGGCAGUGUCCAUCUUCAGCCUGGGGACAGAAUGACUGUGAUAAUGAUGAAGUGGCCAAAAUUACCUGCUCAGAGGAUCAGAUUAGUGAGUCACCUCAGAGUUUUCUGACAUGUUCUACCUCACCAUCUCCAUACAAGAGACAGUGUUCAGAUCAUGUUCCUCUCAGACUGAGUGAAGGGGACGGCCGGUGCGGUGAUAUGGCUGAAGGCAAAUGUCAGUUCAUUGACUUUCCAACUGAUCAUCAAACCAUGCUGAAAAAACAAGCUACUUUCAUGAAGAUUGUGGGCUUUUCUGGAGUUGUUGGAGAUGUUAAUGGUACUCCUGUUCACAUCAUUGCUCCAACUGGAACAGAGGUUAUUGUGAAUGUGAGGCUGGUGAAUGGUGACAGUCGCUGUGCUGGUCGAGUGGAGGUUCUUCAUGAUGACAGUGUGAAUGUGAGGCUGGUGAAUGGUGACAGUCGCUGUGCUGGUCGAGUGGAGGUUCUUCAUGAUGGUUACACUGAUCUCAGACUGGUCAAUGGUCCUGACAUCUGUUCUGGUCGAGUUGAACGUCAGUACUUCAGUAAAUGGGGCACACUGGGCUGUGGCUCUGUGCUGAACUUCUACAGCUCCUCUUCAUCCAGUCCUGAACACAGUCAUGAGUGUGUGACGGGCUUCCAGUGCUCUGGGAGUGAAGCUCAUCUGGGGAACUGCAGCUCUCCACGAACUCUCAGCUGCAGCUCCACACAACAGCUGUCAAUCACCUGCAUCGGUCGGGGGUCCAUCAGGCUGGUGGGUUCUGGGGGAGACUGUGCAGGGAGGUUGGAGGUUUUUCACAACGGCUCAUGGGGGACAGUGUGUGAUGACUCCUGGGAUAUUAAAGAUGCUCAUGUGGUGUGCAGACAGCUGCAGUGUGGAGUGGCCCUCAGUAAUCAGCCGGUACCAGCCUGGUUUGGUCCUGGUUCUGGACCCAUAUGGCUGGAUGAGGUGGAGUGUGAGGGGAAUGAGACGUCCCUGUGGAGCUGCUCUUCUCCAGGCUGGGGAAAACAUGACUGUCAACACAAGAAAGAUGUAGGAGUCGUGUGCUCAGAGUUUAAAGAGAUCAGGUUAACUGAGGGCUGUGAAGGGAAUGUGGAGGUUUUCUACAAUGGAUCCUGGGGUAAUGUGUGCUGGAACCAGAUGGACAGAGACACAGCGAGUCUGAUCUGUCAAGAGCUGAACUGUGGAAGAUCUGGCAAUGAACCCAGUUAUUCAGAGGGACUGAAGCCUCGUAACUGGCUUGAUAAUCUUAAAUGUCGACGACAUGACUCCACUUUAUGGCAGUGUCCAUCUUCAGCCUGGGGAAAGUAUGACUGUGAUAAUGAAGUGGCCAAAAUCACCUGCUCAAAGGAUCAGAUUAGUGAGUCACCUCAGAGUUUUCUGACAUGUUCUACCUCACCAUCUUCAUACAAAAGACAGUGUUCAAAUCAUGUUCCUCUCAGACUGAGUGGAGGGGACGGCCGGUGC